AGGUAAUUUGACAUCUAAGUUAGGGAGACAUUUAGCAAUUUUAAGGGCGACAUUUAGCAAUCCAGAUUAUAAUCCAUCCCUAAUUUCUCUAUUGACGAUCGCAAUAGCGUAAAUCGACGGAUAGUUUUGGUAAUUCGAAAACGUUGUCGACAGAAGCCCCAGUCGAGUUCAAGGCUCGGAUCCUGAACAAGAGUACUGUUCAUGCACCCCCUCCGAAAUCCAGCUGGUCUAGAAGCUGCAAGAAGAGAAGAUGUCAGUGGGAAACGUCGACCAGUUCCUGGUAAGAUUGCCAGGACGAGUCAACGGCGGGAUGAAUUUCCUGGUAAGGUUGCCGAGAUGAAACUGGGGGGUUUGAGUCGUCAUAGAGGCCAUGGACGACGAAGAAGUCGAGUGGAAUAAAACAAAGUCCACCCUAAUAGUGAAUUUAAUCAACCAACUGUACUGCUUUUGGAGCUGCUUCUCGCCAUUACUGCAGGUGAUGGGUUUGGAGCAGUUCAGUGGAGAAGACAAAAAGACGGAUCAUUUGGUUAUUUUUGCUUUUCCCAAUUCCCAGUGGGUCUUAUGAUUUUGUCACCUUGAGUUGGCCCCGUUCCUCUGCUUGACUGCUUCGCGCUCCAUUGUUGUCAACGUCUCUGUUUGUGUCUCACUUUCCGUCGCAGUCCUUAUGUCGACUUCCUGGAUGGAAAUCCAUACGAAUUUCCUGAUCUGCUUGGUUGCUUCUGCCAUCCUUUCACUGUCAAGAGAUUAAUACUCUUGUUUCCUCCUCCAUCUCCUUUGUCUCUCUAAGCUCCAGAGUCUCACCGCCAUUUCCAUCUUCAUCUUUGGGACUGUCAUUCUUUUUCCCUUCUCUGUCCAAAGCCCAGUCCUCUUGUUCCCAUCGAGAAGAGCUUUUCUUUAUAGUUGGAGAUGGUGUGAUUAAUUGACAGCGUCACAGUUUUACUUUCAACGUUGAAUUUGGGUAGUUUUCUGUGAGGCAUUUCCUCGAACGGGCUUCUUUCUCUACAAGGUCUUUGUUUUCUGGAGUUCUGCUUGAUUGACUGGGAAGUAGAUAGAAAUGGGCAAGCACCGUGUGAUGGUCCCCGUGGAUGAAAUUGACUUGUCUGCUGUCAAGUACGAGCAAGAAGUAGUACAAGCUCCAAGUUUGUCUGGGAUAAGAUUGAAGCUGUUUACAAGGAUACUUGAAUCUCCAUUCUUUGGUUCUCUGAUAGUUUCUCACGUGAAGAAGCAGAACAAGAUGAUUGAGUUAUUGCAGAACACUGAGAUACCUGAAUUGCCCAUGUUUAAACCGGAGUUUCCUCUUCAAGAACCAGAACGUGGUGUAUACAUAGUGGAUGAAUUGGAAACGCCAGAAGAAAGGGUAGCAUCAGCAUUGAAGUGUCUUCCUGAUUACAAUCCUGCUCACUCCUUGGAUGAGAACCCAGGCACCUGUUUCAGAUACUGGACGAUUCGCGACUAUGCACAUGCUUAUCGUUCAAAGCUUGUGACACCCUUAAUGGUGGCAGAGAAUAUCGUAUUGGCUUUAAAGGAUUUCGAGGGGAAGACUCCACCAUGUCCCCUGUUGGUUUCUUUUGAUGUUGAUGAUAUAAGGAAGCAAGCUGCAGCAUCCACUCAAAGAUUCAGUGAAGGAAAAGAAAUAUCGGUCUUGGAUGGAAUUUUUAUUGCAAUCAAAGAUGAUAUAGAUUGCCUUCCUUACCAAACUAAGGGUGCAACAACGUGGAUGCAUGAUGUUCGCCCCGUAAAAAGUGAUGCAGUUUCAGUUUCUAGGCUGCGCAGCUGCGGUGUUAUAUUUCUAGGGAAGGCAAAUAUGCAUGAGCUGGGCAUGGGAACUACAGGAAACAAUCCAAAUUAUGGAACGACAAGGAACCCUCAUGAUCCAGAAAGAUACACUGGUGGAUCGUCGUCAGGGCCAGCAGCAAUUGUAGCUUCCGGACUGUGCUCUGCUGCCUUGGGGACUGAUGGUGGAGGUUCAAUCCGCAUUCCUUCUUCCCUUUGUGGUGUAGUUGGCAUGAAAACAACUUACGGACGCACGGAUAUGAAGGGUUCUCUGUGUGAAGCUGGUACUGUGGAGAUCAUUGGACCAAUUGCAUCUUCCUUGGAGGAUCUCAUGCUCGUGUAUGCAGCAAUUCUUGGUUCUUCACCGGUGGAUAGAUUUGGCCUGCACCCGUCUCCACCUUGUUUCCCGAAGUUAUCAGCAAAGAAGAGUACGGAUGUGGUCGGAUCAGUUCGGCUUGGAAGAUACACACCGUGGUUUAAUGAUGUUAAACAAACGGAGGUCUUGGACAAGUGCGGGGAUGCUCUUUCCCUUCUGUGUAAGACCCAUGGCUGUGAAAUGGUGGAGAUUUUGAUACCAGAGCUGCUGGAAAUGCGGACUGCCCACCUUGCUACCAUUGGAGCUGAUAUGCAUUCGAUAUUAAGUCCUCACAUCAGUAAUGGGAAAGGUGCCAAGUUGACAUGCGAGAGUCGCACUAGUGAUGCAUUGUUCCGAUCAUUCACUGGAUCUGAAUAUGUUAGUGCUCAACGCAUUAGGAGAAGAAUAAUGUACCAUCACUUGGAAAUUUUCAAGAAUGUUGAUGUCAUUGUUACUCCUACAACUGGAGCAACAGCACCUAUGAUUCCUCGCAGUGCUCUCAAGUGCGGAGAGAGCGACAUGAAGACUACAGGUUUUCUUAUGCGCUUUAUCAUCGCACCAAAUCUCAUUGGUCUUCCGGCUAUAUCUGUCCCUAUUGGUUACGACAAGCAAGGGCUUCCCAUUGGCUUGCAGCUAAUCGGUCGCCCAUGGGGAGAAGCCACAAUUCUCAGGCUAGCUUUUGCGAUCGAGGAACUAUCUGCGGCUUCCUUGAAGAAGCCAACGUCAUUUUACGAUGUUCUCAAAGCAAAUUAAAAAGCAUUUGACUUGCCAAAGAUAGUAUGAGUUUUGGAUAACAUAUAUACUAUCCCGAGGACUGCGUCACGGUACUAUUAUGGGUUUCUUCGCAGACCUAAUUCCAGCAAAAAAUAAUUGAUAUGCUUGAAAUUUUCUUACAUACUUCUGAAACUUUAUCGACGAGGUUGAUUUUUGGUCCAGUAAUAGAAAUUUGUAACUGUUUGAACCAUCUAGCUCCGGAUCGAACAAUGAUAUUUGUUGGUGUGGGGUUGACUCACGAUCCGUUCGUC